GUGACGUCACAGGGAAACGCUGAAAGAAACAGGCGGGUGCGUUUCCGGCGGGAUCCCGGUAAAAAGCGUCCACGCGUGUUCCCGUCGGUGGCUUAGUUUUGUGCUGAGUCGGAACCGGCUGCAGAACCAGAACCGGUGGACUUUGUAAAUGAACGAGGAAGUCUCAAAUGAGGGGGACCAGUCCCAGGCCCAGUCCACCCUGUCUCCAUCCCAGGCCCAGUCCACCCCGUCCACCCAGUCCCUGUCUCAGUCCAAGUCCCUGUCCCAGCCGGGCUCCAGUUCGUCCAGCGGUCCCACGUCGGGCAGCCAGUCGUCCAGUGGGUCCGGGACCCUGAGCAGCGUGGACACCAUCCCCGUCCCCCUGCCGUCCGUCCCUGAAGAGCCCGAACCUGAGGUGAGGCCCUGGGGCCGCCUGCUGCCCAUGGCCCAAGGGUUCAGAGCCCACGACUGUAUAGAGGACCAGUAUGUGUUUGGACGGGACAAGAACCAGAGUGACUACGUCCUGGGAGAUCCAGAAGAACGCAAAUCCAAGAAGUUCUUAAUCUACAGCAAGAAGCACUUUAGGAUCUACAGGGAGGACAGUGAGGUGUUCGUGGAGGACUACAGUAACAAUGGGACUUUUGUUGACGGGAAACUGAUCGGACAGAACCGUAAACAUCCUCUGGUCAACAACGCCGUCCUGUCUCUGUCUGAAGAACGCAACAAAGUGUUUGUGUUCAUCGACCUCAUGUCGGACGUCCAGUCCACUUUACCCAAAGACCUCAAUGACAAAUACCUGCUGACCCGUCGCAUCGGCACAGGAGUGUGCGGUGAAGUCCGACUGGCUUUCGAGAGAUCCACCUGCAAGAAGGUCGCCGUCAAAAUCAUCAACAAGAAGAAUUUCCAGUCGGAGGGCACCGCCACCCGGAACGCCACGACUGAGAUAGAGAUUCUGCAAAGGAUCGACCACCCGUGUCUCAUUAAAACACUGGAUUUCUACCAAAGCGAAGAAUCCUAUUACAUCGUACUGGAGCUGAUGGAAGGAGGUGAACUCUUUAAUAAAGUCAAAUCUCAGCAGCAGCUUCAGGAACCUGUGGCCAAACUCUACUUCUAUCAGAUGCUGCUGGCGGUCCAGUAUCUCCAUGGAAACGGCAUCAUCCACAGAGACCUGAAACCAGAGAACGUCCUGUUGUCCUCCAGUGAAGACGUCUGUCUGGUCAAGCUGACAGACUUUAACCAGUCCAGGAUCCUGGAGGAGGCGGUCCUCAUGCGGACCCUCUGUGGGACUCCUUCCUAUCUGGCUCCAGAGGUCUUCACCCACGCCUCCACCACCGGCUACGGCCUGGCAGUGGACGCAUGGAGUCUGGGAGUCCUGCUGUUUGUCUGUCUGGGUGGUUAUCCUCCGUUCCAUGAGACCUUCUGUCGUCAGCAGAAGGGUCGGGAGGCGGAGUCAGUGCGGGACCAGAUCAUCCGUGGGGAGUUCACCAUGGUCCAGUCCAAGUGGAGACACGUCUCUGAUCAAGCCAAGGACGUGGUGCGGAGGCUGCUGGUGGUGGACCCCACCCACAGGAUGAGCAUCCAAGAGGCUCUGCAGCAUCCAUGGUUACAGGACCCAGAGAUGCAGAACAAAGCUCAUAAACUCAUGUAUCCUGAUACUGCCGCUGCCAUGGAAGAGGCGGAGCCAGAAGCAUCAGCAGCUUCAACAAGAAAACGAGGCCGAAGAGCAGACGAAGAUGCAACUGAACGUCCAACUGCCAAACGGUGCCAAGCUCCGCCUCCACCCUCACUGUGACGGACCAAUCAGAUGCACUUCUCAGGACGUGUCAACUUUUCCGCUGUACAUAGUUUGUGUUUUUGUAAUAAAGUAUUUUAUAUUUGA